AAUGGAGGAAGAUACGAUAUUUAAAAAUGUUCAAUCAAUUAAACAAAAAUUGGAAAAAACCAAGCGAAGUUUACAGGAUUUGCAUUUAUCUGAUAGAUCUAAUGAUUUUGGGGGAUCAAACAGCUCAAAUUCUGUUCGGCAGGCUCCGGAUGGACAUCAUCUUGCAAUAAAUGAUACAAGUUCAAAUAGUCAAUCCAGUAAACGAACAAGUUAUGAGCUCGAAAGAGCAAAGAAACACUUGGAAAGAAUACAAUCUGAAAAUGAUCGUUUAGUGGAGCAGAAUCAUAAGCUAAUGCUCCAACUGGAAGAUACCACCGACAGAGUUUGUCAAAUCAAAGCUGAUAAAGUGGUCCUUACAAAAGAGAUGGAACAACUAUCGUUAAGAUUGAAGAAAGAGAACGAGGUUUACGAAGAAAAAACAGAGUGUCUAGAACGAUCGGAAAAGGAGCUUAUUCUUGCUCAGAAUUCUCUAAAAGAAGCUGAAGAAGAUAUGAUUAGAUUGAGAUAUGAACUUGCAGAACAGAAAAGGUGUAAUCAACAGAUGGCUGCCGAAAGAGAAGGUGCUAUUAUUAAAGUCAAGGAAUUCGAAUCGACAUUUACGGGAAUAAAGAAGGAAAAGGAUGAUACUAUCGAAAAGCUGAUGGAAUCAAAAAGGAAGCUACAAACCAAAUACGAAAGUACCCUUGUAGCUAAAAGUGGCCUUGAACAAACUAAUUGCAGAUUGAAGGAUGAAUUAGAUGAUUAUAAAGACAGAUUCUCAUCAUUAGUUAAUAAAUUAGAGGAGACUGAAGAACAAAAGGGUAAAUUUGAAGUUCAGUUGAUCGAGGUAAAUGACUUAUUAAACGGUCAGUCGGACAUAAUAGAUUGUUUGGAAACACAACUUCGAUCCAAUCAAGAAAUUCAAGCAGACAGAGAUCAAUUAAAAGAAGAUUUAGAUCGUCAAGAAAUUGAAUAUGACAGAAAAAUUGUUGAUUUACAAAAUCAUAUAGAAAAUCUUGAACUGCAAAUGAAUGAAUUGUAUUCUUCUAUUCAUGAAACUGUAAAAGAUUUUACCCGAAAUAUCCGUCCAAGAACAAGUUCACCUAAACCCAAUUACGAUGGAUCCUAUAUGGAAUUUGUGAGUUCAAACGAAGAAAUUGACGUUCUGACACUAAUAAAAUCUAUUCGCCACGAAUUGGACAGGAGAAAUAAAGAAAUUAAAAAAUGGAGAGAGAAUACAAGGACUUACGCUGAACAAGCAGAUAUGAUUGAUAGACUUAAUGAAGAAGUUCAAGCGCUGAUGGUUAAACAAAAAGACACAAUUUCUGAAAAAGAAAAGCUAAAAAGCCUAUACGAAGAACAAACGGAUAUAAAUCGAAGAAAGUCAGAGGAACUCAAUACUUUUUUGGAAAAACUUACUAAAAUAGAAGAUCAUUCUAGCUCUUUGGAAAAUGAAUUAGGAAAACGAGAAGAAUUAAUUGAUAACUUAAAGAAAACUCUUGAAAAGUCUAAAAAUGAAAGACAGUUUCUAGCUAAUAAUUUUAAAACUUUGGAAAGUGACUUUGAAACAAAAGUAACUGAACUUCACAGAACUAAUCGACGUGUCAGCGAUCUUGAACAGCAAAUAAAAAGUACUUUAUUACUUUGUGCGGAAAAGGAUGAAAGAAUUGAUGAAGCAAAUUCAAAAAUGUCAAUGAUGAAGAAUUUACAUUCAGAGCAAUGUGCUGAAUUGCAAAGAAAUAUUGAUAUUCUUCAAAACUCUCUUAAAAAAUGUGACGAGCAGAGAGAAAUUUUAGAAAGAUCCGUUACUGCCAUCAGAGAAGAAGUAUUAUCAAGGGAAGAUAGUUUGUCAAAGAUUAGAAAUGAAUACGAAGUUCAGUUGGAAAAGAAAGAUGAAACUAUAAGGAGAUUAAAAAGAGAAAGGGAUGAAAAUAUCAAUGAAAUGAAGGAUAUCGAAAGUAAAAUAUUAUCAUAUGAAAAAAACAUUGAUCUUCAAGUGGAUGAAAUGGAGCGUCUAAAAGACAGACAUCAAUCUGAAUUAGAAAUUGUUAAAAGAAAAUCCAAUAAUAAAAUAGAAGGAUUGGAGCUUGAGAUAAAUAAAUUACGCUUGAAAUUACACGAAAUAGAGGAUGAAGCCAUGAGAGCAAAAUCCGAGGAAUAUUCUGCAGAAGUUCAAGAAUUAUUCAAGAAGGUUUCUUUUCUGGAAGAUUGUCAAGGUCGAUUAGAGCAAGAGUUGAAAGAAGCUGGAGAACAGCUUGUUGCCGAGAGGGAUGACUCUGAGAGGUUAAAGGAUCGUAUAGCAGAGAUGGAGGGGAUUAUUAUUUCAUCGAAAUCAGAAAUUAACUCUCUUAAAGAUCAUUUAAAGGAUAAAGAUGAGAGUAAUGAAAAGUUAUUAAAUGCCCUCAGAGAAAAAGAAGACAGGUUAAAACGCACAGAGGAGAAUUACCUCUUAAAAAGUAAUGACCUUAACAAAGUAAAAGCUGAAUUUACUGAAAAUGGUAUGAAAAUUGAAAGAUGGGAAAAUAAGUUGGAAGAAAGGGAGAAAACUAUUGACCAUCAGAAAAAAAUAAUAAGACGUCUUCAAGAUGAAAAUAGAAGUCUUGAGAGAGAAUGUAUCUCAAUGGAAAAUGACUUAAAGGAGAGACAAGGAGAACUACUUAGAAGAGCAGAAGAAAUAUCACAACUCGAAGCUGGGCUGAGACAUCAUAAGGAGAACCUACAGCAAAGGGCCUCACAACUCGAAGAUGGAAUGAGAAAAGCCAUACUUGACUCAGAACAGAAGUCAAAAGAACUAAGUAGAUUGAAAAAUUCUCUAUCGAAAACCGAAUUAAAUAGUAAUAACUAUGUUCAUGAACUGAAUGAAACUAAACGUGAACUUGAAGAAAAGAAUAUGGAACUGAAUCAAUUAAAAUUAGAUUUUAAAAAAUUUAAUAUAGCAGAAAGUAAGGUUCAAAAUGAACUUGGAAGAAUGAAUGAAAGAGAAAAGGAUUUAUUAAAUCAAGUAGAAAAAUUGACAAAAGCUCUUGACGAAGUUAGAAAAUCGUCAAUAAGUUUGAAUGAACAACUGCACGAAAAUAGAAAAUUACAAGGUGAUCUAAAUUCGAAAAUAUUAGAUUUGGAAAUGGAAAAUAAGAAAUUAAAAGAUGAGAUUAAAAGUAAAAAAUUGGGUUUAAAUAAGAGAAACGAAGAAACCUCACAAUAUUCUAGGAAAAUAGAGUCCCUUGAAAGGGACUUAAAGCUUAAGGAAUCAGAAAUAAGACGUUUAGAAGCAGAACUAUCUGAAGCGCAAAAUUCUCAUGCAAAUCUUCAUAAAGAUAGAGAUGAAGCGUUGGCUAAACUGAAAGAAGUUGAACAGGAAAUUAAUGAAAUUAAAGAUACUUAUAGAAAAACGAACGCUGAUCAGGAAGAGGCUCGUCUUAAACAAGCUACUCAAUAUCGUCUUCGAAUAACACAAUUAGAAGUUGAUAAGGAAAAACUUGAACAAAAGUUUAAGACGUCUCAACAAUCUAUAAAACGUCUUAGUAAACAAAUCGCUGAUAGAGACGAACUGUUGGAUAAUGUUAAGCAAGAUCUUAUUUUAAAAGAGUCUGAAAUUACAAGACUUCAAACCCAAAUGUCUGGAUUUGAGAGAUCUGCUGAUGAAAGUAAAAUUUUAAAGAGAAUUAACGCGAUUGGUCCUGAUUUAGAGACCAAUUCGGAGAAAAGUCUUACAGAUUUUGCCUUUGAAUUUAGAAAUAAUAAUAACGCUAACAGAAACGAAGAUAGGAAAAAAGAAUACUGUUCUAACUGUGGUAAAGAAAAACGACCGAGCCAUUCUUGCAAGCACAGGGUUGGUUGUAAAUGCUCAACGUGUACAAAAAAAGAUAAGAAAGAACAAAAGAGAGAUAUGGGAUCGAUUGAGAGUCUUUUACCCCUAAGCGAUAUUAAGCAAGAUAGUCCUAUAACUCUUAUCCAACAUUAUGACUCUGAUAGUAGUAGUCGACCAAAAAUGGCUUCAUUAGAAGACAGUGAUUCAACAUGCAGUGAAGAUGUGUUUGCUAGGCUAUCUGCCACUAGAGAUAAACUAACUUCAAAGUUUAAAACACAAAAAUAG